AUGGCUUCCUGCGAUGUAUUGACUGCCUCUCACUCAAUUUUUGAGUCUGCGGGAUUUCAGGCUGAACGCUUACAGGACCUUAAAAUACCCGUGCUAUAUAAUUCACGAGUUGAUGAAAUGGAAACCGAUUCCUCUGAAAGUUCAGGGGACGACGUAAGCGAUGAAGAAGAAAUGGGAGAAGAUAUUCCUGGGUUAUUUGAGCUUGAAGCCCUUACCAUGAUCAUCAAACUUUGGCUGCGUGGAAUACAACGAACGAAUCAAGAGCAGAGGAAGACCCUUCAGAAUUUUGAAAAUAAAUUGUACAGAGUCUUAAGCGAAAGUGUUGAGCCAUUCAAAAAAUUCUUGGCCUCAAAUAAAUCAAAAGAUCCCGAUUUGCCAAUGCUCCAGCAUUACAUUGAACGGCUCAGUGAAGCUUGUGACGGCCUAAAGAAAGAAAUGAUCAAAGUCAACUUUCAAAUGCCCGAGGAGGACCGAAGAAGGUUGGACAAGCACACAGUCUUUGUUUGUUCCCUUCUUGGUCUCAGUCUCGACUUCCUCGACCGACUUGAAGAAAUGCCUUCAGAAAUUCGUGAUCAUCAAACACUCUGCUACUGGAUCGUGAAUUUCUUACGCAAUAACAACGAGACUUUAACUAGAACAGAGAAAAACUCUAGUUAUAAGGAACAACUCUAUGCGAUUGGAUUCGAUCGAUUGAGUUCGGCCGUUGAAACCAUUUUAGAGCGCGCGGGUAGUAUGGAACAACACAUCGACGCUUGUGAGUGGGCAGAAAGACGAGUUCAGGACGAGUUCAAGUACAACUUUUUGCUGUCUCUGCAGAAUGAAAGGUUUCCUUUUGAAAUUGAUGGAAGGGCUGAAUGGUUAGAAAGGGAUGGUGUUAUUAUUGCGAAUGUCGUGACAAAGAAAUCUGAAAGUUCCAUGAAGACCAUGCUGAGAAAGUUGGAACUGAAUGACAAACAACAGGUUGUCCUGUUUCAUGGAACAGAUCAUAAAAGUGCUUGCGACAUCAUGAGCGGUCGAGGCAUACACCUCGGAGCGGGGCGCGAGAAAAGAGAUUUUAGCAGUGGAGCAGGAUUUUAUUUAACUCAAAAUCUGGAUGACGCCUUGAGUUGGGCGUGCAGCACAACUGUGAAGCCCGCCAUCUUGGUUUUCCGAGUUGAGCCAGAUUUCUUGAACAAGGCUUCAAAACUCGACUUAAAUGAAGGCGAUGGACUCACCAAAUGGCGUGAAAUCGUUAAUUUCUUUCGGUUGGAUAAAGGUCCUAGAAAUAUUCGAAGUAGUUUGAGCGCAUACGAUUUGAUCGAGGGUAAGUCUGCAAGAGCGACAAAAAGUGGACUAAUGAAUGGCAACGCUUUGAUGUUUGAGCAAAACACUUCGUCCUACCAAAUGUGUUUAAUCUCUAAGAAAUUUGCCAAGAUGUUUCAGAAAAGGCUUCACUCGAUCUUUUUUUAUGAUACUUCGUAA